UCCAGCAUAGCCUUCGAUCAAAAUACCUUUAUAACAAUUACAUAUGAAGAGUGUAAUAAAUGUAUUACGUUUAUAACGUGUUCAUUAAGUAUAUAAAAUAAUUGUUUAUCUUUCUUUUGUGCGAAAUCAUUUUAAAUGAUAAACAUAUUUGCACUUGCAGCCAAUAAUUUUAAGUAUGUGACAUACAAUUAACAAGAUAUAAGAUAUACUUUAUCAUUAUUAUGAAUAAUAAAAACCGUCUAUAAUGAAAGAAAAGUUAGAAAUUAGUGCUGUAGUACCACAAAAGAGUGAGAAAGAAUGUUUUCAAAUAACAGUUAUUUUAAUUGCGGCCUCGCAAGGAUUCGUCAGCGGUGCCCUCUCAGGAUGGACGUCUCCGUUUAUGGUAAAAAUAGUUGAAGACAAAGUAAAUUAUAAUAUCAGAGAAGAUCAAGCAGCUCUAUUCGCUGUAGUAAACGUAGUUGGUCUAAUAGUCCUUUCACCCUUCUUAGAGCCAUUUGUUGACAUCAUUGGAAGGAAAAAAGCAAUCCUUUUAACAUCCGUACCGUACAUAUUAUGUUGGUUAACAAAAGCUUUGUUUACUAAUCUAUGGGCUUUGUAUUUUGCAAGGUUAUUAGUCGGGUUAGGAGAUGCUUUGCUCAUGUGUGUGAUUCCCAUAUAUAUUGGAGAAGUUGCUACUCCAAAAGUGCGUGGUGUGUGGGGAAAUGCAUUCUUCAUUUUAGUGCUAUUUGGUACUUUUAUCAUAAACGUUAUUGGAAUAUACUGUAGCGUUAAAGUAACAUCUUACUUUUUUCUAAUACUGCAAGUGAUAGUUUUGUUUUUAUCUGCAUUUAUUAUUCCUGAGUCACCAUCUUUUUAUAUAGCAAAAAACCAACUUUCUGAAGCUAAAAUAUCACUAAUGAAGUUAAGACAAAAUAAUAAUGUUGAUAUUGAAUUCACAAGGAUGCAGAACGACAUAAAGAGACAACUUUCUGAAUCUGGAACAUGGACUGACUUGUUUUUUAACCACGUAAACAGAAAAGCUUUAAUAAUAGCUGCGUUUUUAAGAGCUGCACAAAUACUUUCCGGACUGUGGGUUUUUGGGAGCUAUACUCAAUUCGUCUUCCAGAAAGUUGGUAGUAGUAUAAGCUCUGAAGCUUCAACAAUACUCUAUACCGCACUAAAUUUUAUUAUAUGCGCUUCCAUGGCAUAUGGUUCGAAUAAAUUUGGCCGAAGAAAGUCUUUAAUAAUGUCUCUUGCAGGUUCUAGUGUAAUAUUUUUACUAGUAGGAUUUUAUUUCCUUGUGGAAAAAUUGUAUCCACAAAUCAAUCUACAUGCAAUCAAUUGGUUCCCACUAGCUGGUCUAAUUGUUUUCCUCUUUGUGUCUUCUUUUGGAAUUGGUCCUAUUCCUGUGUUGAUGCAAGGUGAGCUGUUCUCAGCCAGCAUUAAAUCUAAAGGCAUUUCGGCUGUAGUGGUGGUGUAUGGACUUCUAACCAUCGGUACUAACAGUACCUUUUACUAUCUAUAUGCGUAUAGUGGCUUAUCUGGACCAUUUUUGUUAUUUGGUGUUUGUAAUUUUAUAUCAAUAAUAGUAACCUAUUUCAUUGUACCGGAGACUAAGGGAAAGACGUUGGAAGAAAUACAGCAGUAUUUGAAAACGAUGUAGUAUAUUAUGUUUUGUAAAAAACAGGGCGGGCCAAAUCAAACAGUCCACCUCGAUAUUUGGCAGUAUUUAUUACAUUUUAAGGAAAUGACGAAACAGGUCGAUUUUUGUUCUAAGGGGGACACAUUUUUACGAUGCAUACAUCUGUCAUUUGUCAACCCCCUCUAUUCCACUUCCUCAAACCAUUAUUUUUAAAUAGGGAAUAUACCAUGUGCGGCACAUCAUGAGAAUAGCAUUUAAAUGGAGUAUUCAAACAUAACGACCGUUCAAGAUUUUUUUUGAUAUUUGCACCGUCUUUGCAAAAAAUCUGUUAAUUAAUUUGAAGUACAACACGUUUUAAAAAUGAAACGUAACGCCUAUGGUUUGCUAAUAUAUCUGACUGAGUACUUCAUCUCUAUGCCUUUCUAAUGAUGUGCCGCACAUGGUAUAUGUAUGUAUUCCCCAUUUAAAAAUAAGGGGUUGGGGAAAUAGAAGUUAGGGGGUUGACAAAUGACAGAUGUAUUUAUCGUAAAAAUAUGUCCCCCUUAGAACAAACUCGAACUGUUUCGUCAUUCCCUUAAAAUUUAAUAACUACUGCCAAAUAUCGAGGUGGACUGUUUUUUUUACCCUCCCUAUAUAUGUAUAAUGUACAGUGGGAAAAAUGAAAGAUUACCCAUGAACGAUCGCAUCAAUCACUUAUUUUGUAUUUGCUGCCUUUUUUUAUAAAUAAUAAACGUUUGUUAUAGAAAAAGACAGCAAAAAUACAAAAUAAGUGAUUGAUGUGAUCGUUCAUGGGUAAUCUUUCAUUUUUCCGACUGUAGUUAAAAAUGUGUUUUAUACAUCCUAAUUUUACUUUUGUAAAUUAAAUUUAUUGUAUUAUUUAUUUUAUUAUAUUCAAAUAGAACUAAAAUACAUUUUA